CCCUCGAUAGGAAAAAGUGGGCCGUGUUAUGAGCACAGAGAUUUGUCUGCCAUAAAUAUCUGGCCUGCCUGUCUCAAGUAUGUUCUUCAGAUCAGACCAUAUCGAAUUUUGACAACAUGUCAGGGAAGAAAAAAGCAGACCUCAAAGUAAUCAUUCUAGGUGAUUACGCUGUGGGAAAGACAUCUUUGAUUUGCCGCUACAUUGAUGGCAAGUUUCAGACUCAGGAGCCUACUGUUGGCGCAGCAUUUUUUCUCAAACAGUGGGGACCGUACAAUGUGGCAGUAUGGGAUACAGCUGGGGAUGAACGAUACUCGGGUCUCUCUCACUUCUAUUGCCGCAGCGCAGGAGCGGCCAUCUUGGCCUUCGACUUGAACAACCCCAAGACAUUUGAGUCUUUAUGGGCUCGAUUUGGCUCCAUCCUGGAAGCAGCUAAUGAGGACUGUCUGAAGAUUGUGGUGGGCACGAAGGUUGACCUCUUGGAGCCAGAACACCGGGAGAUCACCAUAGAGGAAGGGCGCAAACUGUCGCGCGACCUCAACGAACAUAUCGACAUCCGGAAGCUCCCACAUGACCCGUACUUCGAGACAUCCAGCCUGGCCAAUGAGAACGUGCAGGAGGUGUUUGAGUACAUCUUCCAGUACUGCCUCCCUCUCAGCGCUGACCAGAAGAAGAGACAUCGGAACCAACAGAAGAGUGUCGUCGACCUUUUGGAAAAUAGCGAAGAAGGGGAUAAGGGGAAGAAAAAGUGCUGCUGACUUUUUGUCUUUUGAUCAGACAGUAUUGACGGGAGCAGCAAGGGGAAGAAAGAUAAACGGCUGUUGACUUGGUCUGUCUAUCAUUAACCCCUUCACUGCCGGCUAUGAGCUACAUAGCUGUGCCGGGGAAAAUUGCUCCAAUUACUACAAGCGUCACAUAGAGCCCCUAACUCAGACACACGAUUGAAAUUAUUAUCAUCACUGUUACAGUCAUUCAUAAUUUCGUGUAGAACUUCUGCAGCUAAAAAGGAAGGUCGAUAGACUCGUCUGUUGGAUGCCAUUGCGAAAAGCAAACCCCCCCCCCCCCAAAAAAAACCCCUCCCCCCCACAACUCAGAACGUCAACACUUAACUUCUUCAAAACAAUGAAAAUGGCACUCAGAUUCAUGGGAGACUACUGUAAUAUCAAUGAGGAUUUGUCGUGACACAGUUUUGUCCCUUUAAAAGGUGGAAAAUUACACAAAAAAUGACUUCAUCAUAGGCCCACCGAAUCAGCGGGCACAUGGCACAGGGAAGCACUUCUUGGCCUGCUGAGUCAGCGGGCUGCGGCAGUGAAGGGGUUAAAAGGCUGCUGACUAGUGCUGUGGGAUUUUGAGGAAAUAAAACUUCAUUGAUACUCCGAAGCAUGAGGUCACUAUUCAUGCCUCUGGAUUACUGCUGUCGAAUGUUUUUUUCCUUGUACUCACUAAGUCCAACCUCACUUCCGCUACUGGAUAUUCACUAACUAUUUAUAGCACCAGUCACCAAGCGUGCAUGGGUUUUCUCGUGCACAGUGCAAUGUGAAGGCAUCUCAUCACCAUUCAUAACACUUUGAAUUUUAAAUAGGGGAAAGGGAGCUCAUUGCGACAGUUAAUUUCAUGGAAAAAAAAACAUUCACUGUGCUUCAAGAGUCAAGUGCCCUUGCUCGAACUAUUCGUGGUGUGAAUAAUUGUAGUCAUCUGAUGUCAAUUACAGUUUACACAUCCGAUACCGCAUGCUUAGUAUUCGUUUUUGCCAAGUGCUAGUGUCGAAUUGUUCCAGUUGUUUGGUUCUUUUGAUGUAGUUUGAUUGUUUAUUAUGGAUCUUGUAGGAUAGAUCUGCCUGUGGAGGAAGUACUGGCAGAUUGGCAUUAUGUUGUAAUUUUUUUGUUAAUAAAUAUUAGUAAAUGUUAAAUCGACAUCAGAAUGACUUACAUUUGUUCAUAAAUGAAUAGUAAUGGAUACUCUUAGGAGUCUGAGGCAUAUUUUAUAACUUUUGUUGACUCCUGUUAUUACCCUGUCUAGUAACCAUCAAGUACAGAGUAUUUCUGUUUAUCUCAAUGAUUUUAUCAAUAUUUUUUGCUCUAAUUUUACUACGGUUGAGAAAAAUGAGACGAAAAUCCAUAAUCUGUUUGCAAAAAAAAAUAAAA